AUUUCGAAGGGUGGCAGUUGGGACGGCGACCGACGUAGCAUGCUGGACAACCUCAAGCUGCGCGUGCUCGAAGGCUCCAAGCAGCUCAAGUCGCAGGUCGAGGGCCACGCCGUAGACAUGAACCAGCGCAUGGCCGUGAACCCUCAGCACCGCGUCCGAGCGCCUUGGCGCCGUGGCCACGGCCACGACUCACGAGCGUCAACAACGCGUCCAUCGACAUCAACAACCGCAUGCACUCGAGCGUCAACUCGGCGUCGGAGAAGAUCACUGCCGUGGCGUCCGCGACGGCGCAGGUCGUCGUCGCCCCCGUCGUGCAGAGCGCGCCGCCGCCGCUCGGGGCCAAGGACGCCGACGACGUCGUGGGCGGCCCGUUCUUUGCCGCGCUCGCGUACCGCCAAGACCAAGUGCACACGGGCCACAAAGCGCUUUUGAUGAGCGGCGAGAAGCUGUCGGCCAAGCUCGCUGCAACCCGCCGCCGCGUCGCGGAAGAAGCCCACAGCGCCUUGUACAUUCAGCACAACUUUGGCAGCCUCACGCAGAUCGCCGACGACGUGCGCUCGAUUCGCAACACGAUUCAAGCGCUCGUCCUCGCGUUCGAGGAUGCCGAGCAGCACCUCAUGAUGCGCACCGAAGACCACUUGACGCAUGCGAAUGCCCACUUUGCGUCGCAGCAGCAAACCGAGCUAGAGCAGUACGAGCACACGCUUUUAGUGCAGAAGGACCUUCGCACGCGCCAGCGCCAGGAAGAGCGGCGAAGGGCCCUCGGGGAUGCCUUUGAGAAGGACCUCAAGACGUACCAAGCGCUCAUGACAUACCAGGGCCACGCGCCCACACGCCUGAUGGACGACACGGAAGCUAUUCAGCGCGCGCGCCUCGAGUCGAUUGAGCUCGUGGUCGAGCCCGACGUCGAUUUGACCACCUUUUACAACGGCGACGACGACCUCGGCGUCCCACGCCCGCGACAACUGAGCGAAGACGAUGGCGACGACGACUAACUCCUAAGAACUUAUGCGUGUCGUGACUGU